GGCGGUCACGUGCGGCCCAUCAUGGCGGCCUCCAUGGUGGUGAGCGGCGGCUCCGUAACGCGGCGGCUGCUGCGGGGCGCGGUGCGAGGCCUGAGCGGCGGCGGCGGCGGCACCGAGGGCGCCACGGUGAACGUCGUCUUCGUUGACCGGACGGGGCGGGAGGUCCCGGUGCAGGGCCGCGUCGGCGACAACGUGUUGCACUUGGCGCAGCGGCACGGGCUGGAGCUGGAGGGCGCCUGCGAGGCCUCCCUUGCCUGCUCCACGUGUCACGUCUAUGUCAGUGCCCCCCACUUCGACCGGAUCCCGGCCCCUGAAGAGCGGGAAGAGGACCUGCUGGACCAGGCCCCGCUGCUGCAGGAGAACUCCCGCCUGGGCUGUCAGAUCCUCCUGUCCCCAGCGCUGGAGGGGGCUCGGUUCGUGCUGCCCCGGGUCACCCGCAACUUCUAUGUGGAUGGACACGUCCCCAAACCCCACUGACAGCGGGGGGGGGGACCCCAUGAACCCCCCCCAAAGGAUGGACACCCCCCCCCAAAGGAUGGACCCCCCCCCAAGCUGGACACAGCCCCAUUGGGGUGCUGGAGGCGGCGCUGUGGGAUGCUGACAGUGAUGCGGGGACCAACAGAGCCACGGGGUGGGGGGGUCACACGAGGGUCUGUUGUUUCCCCCCCCCCCGCUUCUGGGGCUCUGGAGUUGGGAUCAUGGAUAAUAAACCUCGUAGGAGCCA